GGAAAACACCAUAAAAGAACACAACUUUUUCGAUUUCUUCCCAUUUUACUUUAGGGUUUACUAUAAUCUACGUCUGUUGUAGAAUCCCAAUAACAGCAGCAUUGAAAGAUCUGAAGAAACAUUCUUUGUCAUUCUUCCUUGUUCAAAGUACCCUUUGAAGAAAGGUUCAAUUUUGGUACACAUAUCAGAGAUAGAGAGAGAGAUGAAGGUGAUGUUUGGAAGGCCAGGAAAGGCAAGUGGACUGGUGCUGAGAAUAGGGCAGUGUGGGUUUGCAGCUGCUUCACUUGGAGUUAUGGCUUCUGCUUCUGGAUUUUCUAUUGCCACUGCUUUCUGCUAUUUGAUCGCGUCCAUGGGGCUUCAAGUUAUAUGGAGUUUUAUACUUGCCUGCAAUGAUAUUCAUUCCCUGAGGGUUAAGAGAGAUCUGCGUAAUCAUAUCUUCAUGAGCCUGUCUGUUGUUGGCGAUUGGGUGACAGCGACGCUAUCCCUUGGCGCUGCGUGCUCGUCGGCUGGCGUGAUGGUUCUGCUUGCUCGGGACACAACCUUCUGCAGAGCUCAGGCCAAUAUCGACUGCAACAUGUUCCAGAUUUCGAUUGCAUUGGCUUUUAUAUCCUGGUUUUUUCUCGCUAUCUCUUCUCUUGUCACGUUUUGUCUUGCAGCCUCGAGUUAGAUGAGUUGGUUUUAGGCCGCUCGGCUGCAACCUCACCGCAUCUUUCUAUCUGUGAAUAUGCUCGAUUUUGACAGUAUCUGUAUAACAAACAUUCAACCUUCUAACAACACACGAUUCACAUCGCUAUAUCUGAUCUGCCUUCAA